CUUCUCCCUAAUUUCCUUGCUCCGCCGCUCCUGGGCUCUUGCUGUCGCCCGUCAUCGCCCACGCCUGCCCUGCACCCCAUCGACGAGCACUCUGCACUCCCCCGCUCGCUGCUGCAUAGCUACACUUGCAAUCCAUAAUUCGCUGCCCUGGAGCACCAUUGCUGCACCAUGGCGAGCGCAAACUCAACUGCAUCCUACCACCUACCGCCGCUGCCUGAAUAUACCCUUCAGCCUCUACAGCCGCUCACAUCAUGGGCAUCCGACGCCUUUAUACAAGCCGCCCUCCCUGUUGUCGGCUACUGGUUCGUGUCCCUGAUAUUCCACACCAUUGACGUAUACGACCUGUUUCCCCAAUACCGACUGCACACGCCCGCAGAGGUCCUGAAGCGCAAUCACGUCUCGCGAUACGAAGUCCUGCGCGACGUCAUACUCCAGCAGGUCAUUCAGAUCAUAGCAUCCUUCAGCCUCUCCAUAUUCGACGAUGCCCCGACUACCGGAAAAGCCGAUUAUGACGUCGCUUGGUAUGCCCAGAAGAUUCGCCUUGCACAGCGCGCAGUCCCAUACGUCUUGUCCGCAGUUGGCGUUAAUCCAGUCGCCCUGGCCUCAAAGCUUGCUUCUUCCCACCCGCUUCUCUCUUCGGUCGUUGCUGGAGGGAGAUACCCAGCGCUGCUACAGUCGGCGAUAGUUGCCGGUGAGCAGACGCUGGUCCCGGCCUUUGCUUCCUGGGAACUGGCCGUCGCUAGCUUCGCCUACUGGUACGCCAUCCCUGCGUUCCAAUUUAGCGCUGCCAUUGUCAUCAUGGAUGCAUGGGAAUACAUGCUGCAUCGUGCAAUGCACCUGAACAAGUGGUUAUACGGUUUCGCGCUAGACACUCUUGGCGCUGGUCUCAGCUACCUUCUCACCGGCCUGACCAUGCGACAAUCCAUGUGGUUCUUCACCGGCUCAACCAUCAAGACUGUCCUCGACCAUGGCGGCUAUGCAUUCCCCUACGACCCUAUCCACUGGAUCUUCCCCAACAAUGCCGCGUACCAUGAUAUCCACCACCAGAGCUGGGGCAUCAAAACCAACUUCUCACAGCCGUUCUUUGUCUACUUGGAUCGCAUCGGAGGUACCAUGUACAAGGGCGACGUGACUGCCAAGUACGAGCGUGCCCGUAUGACGGCACAGCACAAGCUUGACCAAGAGAAGGAGAAUGAGGCAACCGCCGUCCCGGCGACUGCUGCAGCAGUCUCCAGCCCAUCUCAGGAGGAUUCCUCUCUCCCGCAAGGGGCUUCAACCCCCCGCAUUUCAAGAAAAAAGGCGACUAGCAUUUCAUCAUCGGCGGGAACAAACUUUAAAGAUUUGACAAACAAAGUCAAUCAAAACCUGCACGGCAGGAGAGCCAAUGUGUUGGGAUUGGAGAGCUCACAUUGAUUGCACCCACUUGUUUCAUUUGUAGACAAGAACCAUCCGGUUGCUAUAGGUAAUGUCUAGUCCUAGUGCUACAAACUUUCGCUUCUUUUGAUUUUUUUUCUUCUUGUAUUAUCUGGUAGCUUCAGCCUUGGGCUGCUUUGCGUACCGUUUGGGAUAUGGUUUUAUCUUUUUCAUUCUUUACUCAUGCACUAUACGAUUCUGGAACGGCGUUUACUGCAUGGCUGGAUCACAAUUGAAUUUAAGCCCUAUUAUUGACUGUAUGAGAUCUUUCCGCCUGUGUUGUAGUCCUUGAUUUUUUGGCCCGUCUUCUUGACAAGUAGGCGCUGCGCGUGACUUUGCGAUGCUCAUGCUUCAUCCUGUAUUCUUUUCUGAUAACCCCACCAGCUCGUCAGCUAAUGUCUCUGGGCUGCUUUCAGUCUUAGAUUUCUGACCCAAUUCUGAGAUUCA